UUAGUCUAUAUCAGUAUUUGUCGGCGCAAGACGAUUCCUUUCAGUCGUGCACUAAUCGAGCGGUAAUCAACGUCGUCGUGGCGAUCAGGAUCCAGCGGAUAUAGCGCACGAAACAUUUUGAAAAAAAGAUGAAGUCGGACGUCCUGCGAGUUAUCCUCGUUUUCCUUGGAGCAGCUAACGCUAUCGAAGACUCUAGACACUGGCGUAAAUUAGCCAUGGACGAGCUGGAGGAGGCUCUGUCUUACAAGUGGAACACGAACCGUGCGAAAAACGUGAUCCUGUUCGUGGGCGAUGGGAUGAGCCCUGACACCAUCACCGCCAGCAGGAUCUACAGGGCGGGCGAGACGAGCCACCUCGCUUGGGAAAAGUUUCCUCAUAUCGGACUGCUAAAGACUUACAACACGAACAAACAAGUGCCGGAUUCAGCGUCGACGGCCACAGCGAUGUUCGGCGGCGUGAAGACAAAUUACGAGGUGGUCGGCGUCGACUCGAAUGUACCGCUUGGCGAUUGUGCAGCGUCCAUGAAUGCCAGCUAUCACGUGGAAUCGAUCGUGUCGUGGGCUCAGAAGGCCGGCAAAUCCACAGGAUUCGUCACGACCACCAGGGUCACCCACGCCACCCCGGCACCAUUGUACGCGCACACCGCCGACAGGAGAUGGGAAUGCGAGUCCAAGAUACCGAAAGCUGCGUCGAAGUGCAAGGAUAUCGCCAGACAGCUUGUCGAAGACCUUCCUGGCAGGAAUAUCCAGGUGAUCAUGGGAGGCGGCAGACAGGUGCUGAAGACCAACGCGACGAGCACAGAAUUCGAUCCGAUAGACACGUGGGCCGGUUCCCGGCAAGAUGGCCGGGACCUGAUCGAAGAAUGGCGGAAGGAGAAGACCGCGAGAAAUGUGCCCUUCGCCGUUGUCCAGAACAACGAAGAGCUCUUCAAAUUGAACACCGACAAAGUGGACUACGUGUUGGGUAUCUUCGCGAAUGGUCACAUCAGUAUGGACUGGAAGAGGGAGAAGGGUCCCAAGGGUCAGCCGAGUCUGGAGGAGAUGACUGUAGCUGCUCUGAAGAUCCUACGGAGAUCGAAGAAGGGUUACUUGCUAGUGGUGGAGGGAGGAUUGAUCGAUUUUGCUCACCAUAGAGGACACGCGGCGCAGGCCUUGCUGGAGACCGUUAGGUUCUCCGACGCGAUCGAUGCGACCAUGAAGAUGAUCGACACGAAGGAGACGUUGGUCGUCGUGACCAGCGAUCAUAGUCACUCUAUGAGCUUCAACGGAUACAGCAACAGGGGCAACAACAUUCUAGGAAUCGCUCAAAGGUCGAGAACCGACGGAAUACCCUACACAACGCUGACUUACAGCACCGGAGGGCCGAACAACGCGGCCUAUAUCGUGAAAAAAAACAACGAGACAGUCAGGUCAGAUCCUUCGGCGCAAGACACUACCAGCUUUAAUUACAGUCAGCAGGCCGGUAUCCUAACGGACGAGGCCUAUCACGGAGGCAGUGACGUAGCCGUGUACGCGACAGGUCCGAUGGCACAUCUGUUCCACAGCGUGCACGAGCAGAGUUACGUUGCCCGGGUCGUGAUGCAUGCGGCCGGCAUCAGCAGCGGUGGAAAAAUCGGUUCCGGCAUUUUGCUGUUCGUCCUUGUCCAGUAUAGUCUGUUCCUGGCGACUUAGCUAAGUAUUGGUUAACGAGAAACCGUCACGUGGCAUCUUGAGAGACGAAUUUUUAUGUCGACCCGAUCGUUCGUUGCGCUAUUUAUAGGAUUCGUUUAUCGAUAGUUAUGCGUUAGGAUGAUCGAGGUUAAAUUAGAAUGUUAGGAGUUAGUUUCGGGUAGGCGAGAUCGGUGCUUGUUAGUUUAAAUCAAUUAGGAAGAGGUCUUUAUCUAUUUUCAGGGACUUUAUCCUGGGGAUAUUUUUGUGGAACAUUUUUAUACUCGUAAGAUCUAUGGAUCGCAGGCGGUUAUGUCUACGGGCGUUCGUUGCGCUAUUUAUAGGAUUCGUUUAUCGAUAGUUAUGCAUUAGGAUGAUCGAGGAUAUGUAAGCAAUUAGUUUCGGCUAGGCGAGAUUGGUGCUUGUUAGUUUAAAGCGAUUAGGAUGAGGUCGUUAUCUAUUUCGAGGGACUUUAUCCUCGGGAAACUGGAGAUAUUUUUGUGGAACACUUUUAUACUCGUAAGAUUUAUGGAUCGCAGGCGAUUAUGUCUGCGGGCGUGCAGAAUUCAUUACACCGUGAGCUCCGUUCUGUAAUUAACGUAUAUUUAAAAAAAAAAAGAAACGGUUGGCGACGUUACACACAUGUAUCCUUAACGUACUUAAGUAAGUGGAGCACCGAGUGGCCAUUGAAAAUACACUCGGCUCCACUACAUCACAGAUUAGCCUAACUCGCCCGACGGACGCACCAAGUCUGUCUCACAAAUGGCGCUCGAAGAGGACUCUGUGCCUGUGUUUUGUGUCUUUGUAUACGUGUCUGCACGCGUGUGCGUGCACGUAAGUGCAUGUUUCUCGGUGUACAUGCGCGUGAGCGUGUGAAGAUGAUGCACAUAGAGAGAGAAAUGAUCGUCUCCCCUCGUGUCUCGUAUACCUAACACGAAUAUUACAAUAUUUUACGUAGACGCGUCUUUCGUCCAUAUACGCGCGGGUUUCGAUCUUUCACUCGUUCCCUAUCAUUAUGUACAAAAAAAAAACAUAAAGAAAAACAAGUUUAAAACGAA